AUGACGAGAAGAGAACGACUUGAGGCUAAGCUAUUGAAACUACCCAGGGCACCACGGGUCUUAGCAAACCCGAAUGUGGUAGUAAUUGAGGAUAUCUUGGAACAUCUCACCAUAGUAAAUGAGACUCAAAUGGAAUCAAAUAAUGCCGCAUCCGGUCAGACAAUAUUGUCACUGGGACCAGCAUACGUUUUCAAGCUCCCCGAGCUGGAGGAAACGGUGGUCUCAGUAGCGGCUGGCACCGUAGAUCAGCCGAAAAACGGGCUGCCUACACUGGUUUUACGCCCGAAGAAAAAAUCCGAGUGA